AUGGAAACUUUGCGCCCAGCAUGCACCAUUGGCCCCGGGUACACCACCUCAGCAACGUGCCGAAGCUCAAAGGAUUUCCCUGUCUUGGGCUUGCGCACUCAGGGCCCUAUUCUUACACAUAACCAGGUGCCAGCAGCUUCCUCGGGGAGCACCGCCAAGCUACUUUUCCGGACUACCAUCUCCGAGAUGGGAAUGGACAUCUUGAACUUUGAGUCCUUUGGUCGUGCGGAGUCGGUCUGCUGUUCCCGAUCACGUCCCUUGCUUCGAAUGGAAGAAUACGAGCUUAGCUGCGAACUUGGUCUCAAUACACAAGAUCAAUAUACUGAUGCUCGCAUGAAUUUUCCCUCGUGGCUUUUCACCGAAGGAUUGGAUUGGAUCCCGCGAAAGUAUAGACAGAUGAUUCCUUUUGCUUCCCAUCUAUACGAGCUCGCAGGCAAGAGGCUCCCAUGA